ACAACUCCUCAUCUCACGCCUAUCUUCCCAAACCACUCUCACGCCCUCUCCUUCCAACUCCUCCUCUCACGUCCUCUCCAGCAAACCCCUCUCCGGCGAACUCCUCUCCGCGAACCUCCUCUCCUCUGAAUUCCUUCACGCAAAUGCCCUAGUCACGGUCGCGGGGAGAAGAAGCAAGGAUUCUUCUCGGUGCUAAGGGAGGAGGUUGUGAGGGGGUUUUAUGAUAUGGAACUUUACCAAAAGCUGGAUGAGGGUUCUAACAUGUCGAUAGAUAGUGUUAGAAGCCUUCAGACGAGCAUUGAUGGUGGGUCGGCUGCCAUGUCCUUGGAAAACAGCAGUGUCGGAUCGAACAACUCUAGGACUGGAAUACUUCACCAUACUGGACUCCGUCUAUUCCCGGGUGUCAAUUUCUCUGUGGGGCAUAGCGUGCUGAGACCUGGUAGGGUCUCUCAUGCUAUGAACGAAGACGCUUUGGCUCAGACCUUGAUGGACCCACGGUAUCCUACAGAGUCUCUCGAGAACUAUGAUGAAUGGACCCUAUAUCUAAGGAAGUUGAAUAUGGGGGUGGCCUUUGCUCAGGGUGCUUUUGGGAAGCUCUACAAGGGUACUUAUGAUGGACAAGAUGUUGCUAUUAAGCUGCUGGAAAAGCCUGAGAAUGAUCUUGAGAGGGCAUUGGUCAUGGAGCAGCAGUUCAGGCAGGAGGUUAUGACGCUCGCAAAUCUCAAACAUCCAAAUAUUGUCAGAUUUAUUGGGGCCUGCAGGAAGCUGAUGGUCUGGUGCAUUGUGACAGAGUAUGCAAAGGGUGGAUCAGUGAGGCAAUUUCUUAUGAAGAGGCAGAAUAGAUCAGUGCCUCUAAAGCUGGCAGUCAAGCAAGCAAUAGACGUUGCCAAGGGGAUGGAGUAUAUUCAUGGCUUGGGAUUCAUACACAGGGAUCUUAAGUCUGAUAAUCUACUUAUAUUUUCAGAUAAAUCAAUUAAGAUUGCUGACUUUGGGGUUGCUCGUAUUGAGGUUAAAAGUGAAGGAAUGACACCUGAAACUGGAACUUAUCGGUGGAUGGCUCCGUUACUAAGUUCACAUGUGGUGGGUUCCUCAUUGGUGUAAGGUUCAACCACGCAUCCGCUGAUGGCUUAGGAUUGGCACAAGUCAUUUCCGCCAUUGGUGACCUUAUAUUCUGAAGAUUGAAAAGGGCUACUAUGGCAAUUCUGAAGGUUGUGAGUAUUUAAUAGUAUAUAGGUGGUAAUAAUAUCAUAUUUCACAUGAUUUACUACGGUUAACAUGUUUACUGGUUCAAAAAUACCAUGUUUACUGGUUCAAAAAUGGUUGCUGUACUGAUGUGUAAAGAAGGAAGAACGACAUCUUAUCAAGCAUAUGGACGUUGUUUUGUGCAAAAGAAUCAUGAGUUUCAAGUAAUAAUUAAGAUUUUCAAUUUGUUCAAGGCUGCGGCCCGAAUUGCAUGUUAAUCAGCUUCCUUCUAGUGAUUUGAUGGAAAAGGAGAUAGUGGGUUGGAUAAGAAAUGGUUUUCAAUCAAAUACGAAUCCAAAUAUUAGUACUACAUUCAUAACUUUACUUAUUAACCAUAGACAAUACCACACUGCUUUUAUAUUUUGGAUGGCUAUGAUACAGAGUCAAAAUCUUACCAACCAUAUCUAACUAUUGGCUAUAGCAGUAAACAUGGUAAUAUUUUGUAGAAAAUACCAUGUUUACUGGUUCAAAAAUGAUUUUUUGCUACCUUCAUAUUGACAUGUUGAAUUUUUAAAUCCUUUCUUUGCACUCUAGAAUCAAAGCCAUAUUUUAUAUGAAUAGUUUAGUACAUCGAAAAACUACAUUUGCUAUUGGAAAAUUUCAAGUCAAAUUAUGUUUGAUAAAGCUACAAGUUCUACAAACCAAAGAAACCAGAACAUAUGUUGAUUUCGACUUUAGAUCAUGUGUAAGAAUUCAAAUGAAAUAUAUGCUGUUCUUUUUGCACUGCAUCUCUAAUUAUGUAUUUACAUCUCACAGUGGUUUCCCUAGCAUCUCUAAUUAUACUAUUCUUUUUGCUAUAUUUCCAUGGUGGAAACAAAGUAGCACAUGUAUAGGUGUUUCUCACCUCAAAAUAUAUUGGGAGAGGGUGGAUUUUGUUCUGUUUACAAAGGGUGCUUACCUGAUGGAAGAGAAGUGGCCGUGAAGCAAUUAAAAAUUGAAAGUAGGCAAGGUGACCGUGAGUUCAAAUCUGAAGUGGAGAUUAUCAGCCGUGUGCACCAUCGCCAUUUGGUUUCUCUUGUAGGGUAUUGCAUAUCAUACGAUCAAAGGCUGCUUGUGUAUGAUUUUGUGCCCAAUGGAACACUUGAAUCUCAUCUUCAUGGGAAGAACACAAGACCUGCAAUGGAUUGGGCAACUAGGGUGAAGCCGUCAAUCCAUUUUGAUCAAUAUAUCUAGUAGAAGUAAGCAUGCAGAUCGUUGUCUUCGAGGCCAGCUAGCUAUUUUGUGUUUUUUUUGUUUUAAAUUUGAAUGUUACUAUCUACUUUGAAACAGAAAUAUUCAGUCUUUGUGUAUAGUUGAAUUCUCCUGUAAAUACUAAUACUUUGUAGUUGAAUUCUAUUG